AUGGACUACACCACCGUCCCUCUUCCCCAAGAUCCCAACCGCCACCUCCCCUCCGUCCACGAACAGGGCAUCGCCAUCUUUGUCGACUGUCAUCCGGGCUACUGGCUCGAGGCGGACAACGGACUCCGCUUCCAGCUCGACCCAAGCCCCAUCACCAAUGACUUCCCGCUGUAUCCUGUUCACGGCCGGCACAGUGCAGUUACGCGCUUCAACGCAUCUCUUGCUCAAUCUGCUCGAAGCCAAUAUUCCCAGACAAGGGAGGUUCAUCACAGCGCAGAGGGUCACUACUGCCCAGCACCGCAGAGGACGUACAACUAUCAGUAUCAAUCUCGGGAGAUUACCAACUCUGUGACUGUGACUCCUCCUACUCCUUCCACUGCGUCUCUCCAGCACGAUAACCAGCGGCAGCAGACCCGGACUCAGCGCCAGCAUCCUCGACCGCUUCGGCCCCUUCUCCCUGGAACAGAACGGCACCCACCUCUACAGUCAACCAACCCAGAACUCGUGGCAGUCCAGUUCGCCGACGUCGCCGCCCACACGGCGAAAUGUGACAAGUGUGACCGCCGCAACAAGAACGGUAUGACCCGCUGCCUGUCCUGUGGCUGGCAGUGCUGUCGGCCCUGCCUCGAUGCGAAGGGCGAUGAUCGCUCGCAUCGCUAUCUGGGAACACUUCAUACGCCUGCUUCCGAGAUUCCGUCUUCUGUUGUUUAUCAGCAUAGAGAUACACCUACUCCCACACCUACUACCACUACUGGUGCUGGUCGUAGUGCUAAUGCUGCUGAUCAUAACCUUGGCUCCGAGCCGAGUGAUUUGACACGCACAUCUGAUUUGUCUUCCUUGGGCGUGACGACUCCGUCUGGUUCUGGCUCUGGCUCCCGAGAUGUAUCCUCCCCAAGUGGCGGCGGCGAUGGUAGCGGAACCAGUGGAGAGCUGCCUGAGCCAAUGGAUCUCGACUACGAGGGGCCGGAGGAGUCUAUAAAUAGCGAGGAGACGCUGUCGUGGACUUCACACAGUGGUGAUGAGGGCCAGCAGAGGGCGAAGUCGGGGAGAGUUCGACGCAACCCAGGGCGCCGGGCGAGAUUUUCGUCUUCGAUGACUACGGAUUCGAAUUAG